AUGACGGCCUCCACAGCUCAGCCGCUGGAGACUGAUGGUCCAACCACGGGAUCCCCACCUUUCAUUCAGCCACCGAUCCCGAUCCUAGACCCUUAUGUCCCAGCCAUCGGGUCACUGGAUCGCAGUACCCAGACCCUGGAUCCUAGGCCCAUAUGCCCACCCGUACCCUUCCCACUAGACACCCUCACUUGGCACGUGGCAGUUGGAGAGGCCAAACCAGGUGUCCUCAUUUCUCCCACGUGUACUCACCCUGAGGAAGCUGAGUCUUGCUCAAGGGUCCAGAUGCUGUUGAAGAAAGUCAAGGCUUUACUCAUCAAAGAUCCCCCUCCGCCCUCACCUCCCCCCCCACCCCCCUCCCAGAACUCAGGCUGUACACACGUGUAUGGCUACGUGUUCGGGCACGUGAAUGAAAAUAACCUUGAACACCUCCCAUCACAGCAGGUGUUAGACACCGGAGAGCAGCUGAUGGUCCCCGUGGAUGUCCUGGAAGUGAGUAACCAGGGGGCCUUGUGGAAGUUUCUGCUCUCAGGAGCCAUGGCUGGGGCAGUGUCUCGCACAAGCACGGCCCCUCUGGACCGAGCCAAGGUGUACAUGCAGGUCUACUCCUCCAAACCUAACUUCAUGAACCUCCUGGGGGGGCUCCGGAGCUUGGUGCAGGAGGGGGGCUUCCGCUCCCUGUGGCGGGGCAAUGGUAUCAACGUGCUCAAGAUCGCCCCGGAGUACGCCAUCAAGUUCUCUGUAUUUGAACAGUGUAAGAAUUACUUCUGUGGGGCUCAAGGGUCCCCACCCUUCCAGGAGCGACUCCUUGCGGGCUCCCUGGCUGUGGCCAUCUCUCAGACACUCAUCAACCCCAUGGAGGUGCUGAAGACACGGCUGACCCUGCGCCGGACAGGCCAGUACACCGGCCUCCUGGACUGUGCGAAGCAGAUCUUGAAGCGGGAGGGCACCCGCGCCCUGUAUCGCGGCUAUCUGCCCAACAUGCUUGGCAUCAUACCCUAUGCCUGCACCGAACUGGCUGUCUAUGAGAUGCUCCGGUGCUUCUGGGUGAAGUCAGGCUGGGACAUGAAGGAGCCCAGCGGCCUGGUCAGUCUGUUGUCCGUGACGCUCUCCACGACCUGUGGCCAGAUGGCCAGUUACCCACUGACUUUGGUGCGCACGAGGAUGCAGGCCCAAGACACCGUGGAGGGCUCGAAUCCCACCAUGCGCGGAGUCUUUCUGAGGAUCCUAGCCCAACAGGGCUGGCUGGGGCUGUACCGAGGCAUGACCCCCACGUUACUGAAGGUGUUGCCGGCAGGUUGCAUCAGCUAUGUGGUAUACGAGGCCAUGAAGAAAACCCUGGGUGUAUAG